CCCCUCCCCUCCGAGUUUCAGGUGAAUGGGUCACGGAGGGAGGCGGCGGCCACACUGCACCUCCACCUCCGGCGGGGACGGCGGCUCCGGGGAGAGCGCCCGAGCGCCGAGCAGCCGCGCCGCGCACCCAGGCAGAUUGGCUUAUCGUGGGAGCGACAGGACAUUGCUCAUUGUGAAGAUCAGGUGACCACUGACCAUGUCGUCGAGGCCUUUUGAAAGUCCUCCUCCAUACAGACCUGAUGAAUUCAAACCAAGCCAUUACGCACCGAGCAAUGACAUGUACGGUGGAGAGAUGCACGUUCGACCGAUGCUCUCCCAUAAGGCGUAUUCUUUCUACCCAGAAGAUGAAAUCCUCCACUUCUACAAAUGGACCUCUCCUCCGGGAGUGAUCCGGAUCCUGUCCAUGCUCAUCAUCGUGAUGUGCAUUGCCAUAUUUGCCUGUGUCGCCUCCACCCUUGGCUGGGACAGAGGCUAUGGGAACAACAUCCUAGGAGGUGGCAUAGGUUACCCUUACGCUGGAAGUGGCUUCGGAAGCUUCGGAAAUGGCUACGGUUAUGGUGGCUACGGUUACGGCUAUGGAACUGGCUACACAGACCCAAGAGCGGCAAAGGGCUUCCUGAUAUCCAUGGCUGCCUUUUCUUUCAUUGCUGCGCUGGUGAUAUUCGUUACUAGUGUUAUAAGAUCUGAGAUAUCUAGAACACGAAGAUAUUACCUGACGGUGAUAAUCCUGAGUGCCAUCCUGGGCUUCCUGGUGUUUAUUGCCACCAUCGUCUACAUAAUGGGAGUCAAUCCAACUGCCCAGGCUUCGGGAUCUAUGUAUGGUUCACAGAUUAUUGCCCUCUGCAACCAGUUUUAUUCACCUACAACUUCUGCGCUAUACGUGGAUCAGUAUUUGUAUCACUACUGUGUGGUGGAUCCCCAGGAGGCCAUUGCCAUUGUGCUAGGAUUCAUGGUUAUUGUGGCUUUUGCUUUAAUAAUAUUCUUUGCUGUGAAAACUCGAAGGAAGAUGGACCAGUAUGACAAGACGAAUAUUUUGUGGGACAAGGAGCCUGUUUAUGAUGAGCAGCCCCCCAAUGUUGAAGAGUGGGUGAAGAAUGUCUCUGCAGGCACACAAGACAUGCCUCCUCCCCCGUCGGACUACGUGGACAGGGUGUACAGCCCCGUGGCCUACUCUUCCAACGGCAAAGUGAAUGACAAGAGGCUGUAUCCGGAAUCAUCCUAUAAGUCAACUCCGGUGCCAGAAGUGGUGCAGGAGCUGCCAGUGACUUCCCCGGUGGAUGACUUCAGGCAGCCUCAUUACGGCAGCGAUGGCAACUUUGAGACCCCGUCCAAAAGGGCUCCCACAAAGAGAAGGCCGGGAAAGUCGAAGAGGCCAGAGCAAGACCACUACGAGACAGACUACACGACUGGCGGCGAGUCCUGCGAUGAGCUGGAGGAGGACUGGAUCAGGGAAUAUCCACCUAUCACUUCAGAUCAACAAAGACAAGUCUAUAAGAGAAGUUUUGACACUGGCCUGCAGGAAUACAAGCGCUUACAAGCAGAACUUGAUGAGAUCAAUAGAGAACUCUCUCGUCUGGAUAAGGAAUUGGACGAUUACAGAGAAGAAAGCGAAGAGUACAUGGCUGCUGCUGAUGAAUACAAUAGACUGAAGCAAGUUAAGGGAUCUGCAGAUUACAAAAAUAAGAGGAAUUAUUGCAAGCAGUUGAAGAGCAAGUUGUCCCACAUCAAGAAGAUGGUUGGAGAUUAUGACAGAGGGAAAACAGAAAGCAAAUUCCAGAUUGUUUGAGUGAUUGAGAAGUGUCUGACAUCUCUGCUGUGGUGCCAGCAUGCAAAAUGACUUUGGACUCUAACCAGAGAAGCCAAACCUUUGUGGUCAUGACAAAGUUUUGGUAGCUUUAAUAUCAUUGGUAUUGAAGCAUUUUAUAAAUAGCUUUUGAUAAUCAACUGGACUGAACACUCCAAUUAAGGAUUUAAUGCUGUCAACAUUGGUUCUGAUAUUAAGAACUGUUGUUUGAAGUUUUUAAACCUUUCAGGAAGGUUGCUCUGUGUACUGUGCCGUGAACUUUCACGCCCUAGGCAGUCAUGUCUUAGUGCCUCAUUAGUUCCAAUAGGUAAUCUCAUUGAAUCCUCCCAGAAUCCUCCCUUCACAUAACUGUUAUUUAUAAUCAUUCCUUUUCAUAUAAGGAAACUGGGUCCCUGCAAUGAAGUGAAACCACUUGUUUCCUAGCUUGCAGUUUUGGUUAAGUCUGUUUUAUGACUCCAUUAAUAAAGUCCCUAACCGUUCAUAUCUACUGAUACUACAUUCUACCAACUUCCCUAUUGAUUUUUUUUCUUCUGUGUGUAAAUGGUUAAAAGAACUUUUUAUUGUUUUAUGUUAUCUUGGUAAUAAAGACCAUAUAAAAGUAACAACUUGUGAAAUUUAAAGAUUGUAAAUAUAUAUUUACUUUUUAAAAAUCAAAAUUUAAAACCACUGGCUAGAAUUUUAUUGUGUAUAUUUUAAAAUACUUUUUAAUCUUUUAUGGUUUACAUGCUUUUUUUUUUUUAAAACCAUCUAGGCGCUUUCAUUAUAUCAGAGUACCUGAUUACAUUUAUAAUUCAGUUGUGACUUGAAAUGCAUCUUACAGGAAUUUUCAAGUUCUGUACAUAUUUUAUAAGAUAUUAAACCAGGUGUUUUCUUUCUAUAAUAGACCUGUUUGAUGUCAUUAGUGCUGUUAAUUUUAAGCUUUGCUAAACUACACUCAGCAAUUAUAUCUGUUAUUGUUUUAAACUCCUUUGGGUGUUAUGCUGGUUGCUUGUUUCCCAAUCUGUUAAUAAGGAAAGGAAGCCAAUUCAUUUGCUCUAAAAUCUCAGCACUUCCUUUUCAUUCAGAUUUUUAUUAGUAAAGUAAAACUAGCUGAUAAUACUGGGCAUGUCACUAGCCAAGUUGAUUGUGAUUAUCCCUCCAAUUUAGAACUAUGUUUUUGUGGAAAUAUUUUGAAUCUGUAAGUUGAUCAUCAGUCUGCAAUUCAAACAUUCAAGUAUGUCAAUAUACCUAUAGAGAUUUAUUUAAAAUUUUUUAAUAUUGACAUUAUUGCAGAGUCCCCCUCCCCACCCUUUGCCCGCCUCUGCUCUCUCUGGCCUCCUUCUUCCUUGGCCUUUACCAAAUUACUGUCCAUGUCCAUGGGGUAUGCAUAUAUGAGAUUUUUAAAGGAGUUUAUUUGAGCCAAAUGUUUUGACAAUAUGUCAGGAAGCAAGAUCUCAAAUGCUCCAAGAAUUAUACUUUUGCAGUUUCUUUUGUGUAUUUGGAAAUAAGGAAGAUUACAUGAAGAUUGGAGAAAGCAAGAUAGGGAUUGUAUUACAAGAAAAAUGAUGUGUUCUCUUGAGGGUGGUUAUGCCUUUGAGGAGUCUGAAAAAGAGGAAUAAUCUGACAUUUUAAAGGUUUAUGAACCUAGAAGCACAAGAACAAUGGACAGGGCUUACGUAAGGCAAAGGUAAACCUUUUACUGAAGAAGCUAUAUGCCUGGGGUGUGACUACCACCAUAAUCAGCACAGGAAUUUAUGAUCAGCCUUGGACUUUUCAGAUUUAUUACAGAGCCCCAUUUUCAUCAAGUAUGUCCUUUUUUAUAUACUAGUCUGAAUAAUUUUCCAAAGAUAAACUUUUUUAUUUAUUUAUUAUUGAUUUUUAGAGAGAGAGAACCAUCAACUCGUUGCUCCGUCCAUUCAUGCACUUAUUGGUUGCUUCUUGUUUGUGCCCUGACCAGGGUCAAACCUACAACCUUUACAUAUCGGGACAACGCUCUCACCAACUGUCUUGCCUGCCAGGGCCCAAAGAUAAACUUUU